AUAUUUUCACCGCACCGGAAAAACGAUCUCGCGUGAGUGUGGUAUUUUCGUUUCCUUCACCGACGCGUCACGUUGUGUCCCGUGAGCCAGCUAAUCUGUUCCUGCCCUUCCACCUCUGGACUUGUGCUCAUGGCCUAACCGUCCAUACGCGACUACCGCUGACGGCCUAACACAUUUCCUACUGUUCCGCGUCGCCUUCACAUCAUGUACGUGCAAGUGAGGUCGCUGGCUACUGGCAAGUCGGUCACGAUACCCACGUCCCGGACCACGAUGGUUAGAGAUCUGAAAAAACUCGUCGAGAAGCGGUUUGGCGUGAACCCGGACAGCCAGAGGUUGAUAUUUUGCGGCAAACAGCUCGAAGAUCAAUAUUCACUAUUUGACUAUGGUAUAAAUAUAAACGAUGUUAUUCAACUGACUAGUAGAACACUGGAGAAUGGUUUUCAAAACAAAAUUAUAUCGAAAAUUGAUGAUAAUGUUGAAAAUAAUGCAUCUAUUGCGAAUGGUUUAGUUGCUUCCAGUUCUGAUACAGUUGAAAAAGAUGAUUUUGAAGAAAUAUCCGAAGAUAGUUUAUAUUUUAAAGUCGGUGAUUAUGUUGAUGUCAGAGACACCCAGCAUGGUUCAUGGUUCUUGGGCAAGUUAAUUAAAAUUAAAAAAAACUUUGAUUUAGAAGGAAAACCGAACGAUCCUAAGAGUCUAGUAAAAAACGAUGGAUUGGUUUAUGUUGUAGCAUUUGUAGGUUGUGAUGAUGAUAAAAUAGAAGUUCAACUUCAAGAAAUUCGACCUCACGGUAUGGAGAUUGUGCCUUUCGAAAACUUAAAAGCAAACGAUAGAGUUCUUAUGAACUAUAAUACUGAUCAUCCUUUAGAACGCGGUUAUUGGUUUGAUGUCCUUGUAAAACAAAUAAAUUCUACCAAAAAAAGUCGUACUGUUAUUGGAGAUGUUUAUGUUGGUAUAAAUAAUGCUAUAAUUCGUAAUUGUUAUCUUAAAUUUCUUGAUGACAUUUAUAAAGUGAAACCUUAUCAAUUACUUGCUGAAAGGACCCCAGAAGAUGAUGAAAUUAUGCAAACACAACCGGCUGAAAUGAGAGCGAACCCUUUAAAAUGUAUUGAAUGUAAAGACAAAUCAUCUAAAUUGUGUAAGGAAUGUGGAUGUACAAUUUGUGGUGGCAAAGACCGUGAAAAUGAACAGCUAUUGUGCGAUGAAUGUGACAAUCCUUUUCAUAUUAGUUGUCUUAACCCACCCUUGAAGGAGGUUCCAAAAGAUGAUGAUUGGUAUUGUCCAUCUUGUAAAGUUGAUGAAGGCGAAAUUGUAGAAGCUGGUGGUAAAUUAAAAGAUUCAAAAAAAAAAACCCCAGCAUCAACGUCAACAUCUAAACGGGAUUGGGGUAAAGGUAUGGCUUGUGUUGGUAGGACUAAAACAUGUAAUAAGGUACCUGCAAAUCAUUUUGGUCCUAUUCCUGGAGUUGAAGUUGGAACCACAUGGUUAUUUCGUGUACAAGUAUCUGAAGCUGGUAUUCACCGACCUCCAGUUGCAGGAAUACAUGGUAGAGAUAAUCAGGGUGCAUUUAGUAUUGUUUUAAGUGGUGGCUAUGAAGAUGACAUUGAUAAUGGUGAUGAAUUUAUGUACACUGGGUCUGGUGGACGAGAUUUAUCUGGAAACAAACGCACUGCUUUGCAAAGUUGUGAUCAAGAAUUAACGCGUAAUAAUAGAGCUCUAGCUCUUAACUGCAACGCAAAACUUAAUGAUAUAAAAGGAGCAACAGCUGUUCAUUGGAAAGAAGGCAAACCCGUUAGAGUUGUGCGAAAUUAUAAGCUUCAUAAACAUUCUAAGUAUGCUCCAGAAUGUGGAAAUCGAUAUGAUGGUAUUUAUAAAGUUGUCAAGUAUUAUCCAGAAAAAGGAAUAUCUGGUUUCAUUAUAUGGCGUUAUGUUUUAAAACGUGAUGAUCCUACACCAGCUCCGUGGACAGCAAAAGGCAAAAAGCUAUUAAUUAAGCUGGGCCUUGAUAAAAUAAUUUAUCCUGAGAAUUAUAUAACAAUAGAUGAUGAUGAUGGGGUCAUUGAUGCUGAUUCAAAACUCAUGGGGUCCAAAAGAAAAAGUACAAAGCAAGAUGCUCACGAGAUAAUGAAAGAUAAUGAAUCAAAUAACAAUUCAACAAAGAUAAAUGACAAGGCAGACAAUAAUUCUGGGAAGAAAUUAAAGAUUUUGUAUGAACUUAAUAAAAUAGAGAAAUUAUUCAUUGAUGCCGACAUUGCCAAUAAAAAAUAUUGGGAUGACUGCAAGGAAAUGUUGAAGAAUGGAAAAAAAGCCUUUUUGGAUAGAAUUGAAGAAACUUUUUUGUGUAUUUGUUGUCAAGAUAUUGUCUUUGAACCAAUAACAUUAGAAUGUUUUCACAACAUUUGUAAGGGAUGCUUGAAAAGAUCGUUCAAAGCAGAGGUGUAUCAAUGUCCAUCUUGUAGAGCUGAAUUAGGGAAGUUUCAUCAUAUGAACAUAAAUACAAAUUUGUCUAAAACACUUACACACUUUUUUCCAGGAUAUAAUGUAGGACGCUAAAAUGUUUAAAGUUUUAUUUCAUCAAUAAUCAUACUACUAGUUAGCUAUAAUAUUUUUCAGUAAA